AUGCCGGACCACCUGGUGCCGCUGGGUCCAGUGAUACUGUUCCAUUUGAACAUUGAUGUAUUACUGACAACAUACACUAAACUUACGUGGAGAAAGGAAGAUGCUGCUCUUCCUCCGGUCUAUAAAAAGGGGUCUACGACCAGUCUAACCAUUGCCUUGCCGGCCCUGAGGCUUCUGUGGCUUUGUAGCUAUUCUUACCCGCUCCCCUUUUGGGGCGGAAAUGGGCCAACUCGGGCAAAGCCAGUGGGGUUGUUCGCGUCUUCCAGGAUGGCACUGAGGCGGGCACAGAGGCCUUGGUGUCGUGGAGACGAGGAUGCGUAG